AUGGCUUCCUCUCCCAACGACGCUCGAUCUUCCCCCGCACACCCUCACAACCGACUUGCCACCAAUAUGCCCGGCGCUUCCGCUCCCGCUCACCACCGCAACAGCCACAACCAUCACGGUCUUCGAUCACCUGCCGCCGGCAUCCCACCUCGCGCUCCCAGCGCCAACUCUUCCCAUCGCAGCAGAGGUUCCAUUCCCCCCAACACCAAGCCGACUGCUUCUUUCACCGCCUCUGAACCACCCUAUGUGAUCGAUGGUCCCGGCGGUCGAAUCGCCUGUAUCGCCGAUGUGCGGGGUAACCUUUCGCUCUUCAACCAGGUUGCUGCCGAGACUGGCGCUCAGGCUAUCAUUCACACCGGCGACUUUGGCUUCUACGACAAUGCUAGUCUGGAACGUGUCAGCGAUCGAACCUUGCGUCACCUUGUUCAGUACUCUACUCUGAUUGAUCCGAACUUGAGGGCUCAGUUGCUUGCUGCUGAUCCUCCACGUGGCCCUGCUGCUGCUGCUACUGCUGCUGCUGGGGAGAAGAGCUCUUCGGCUGCCGGAAUGCGUCAGCAGAUUGCUCAGCAACACUUUCCUCUUUCGCAGUUUUCGGAUUUGCUUAGGGGCAAGAUUAAACUUCAGGUUCCUGUCUUUACUGUUUGGGGUGCUUGUGAGGAUGUAGCUAUUCUCGAAAGGUUCCGUACGGGCGAGUAUGAAGUUAAGAACCUCUUUGUGCUGGAUGAGGCGACGACCAAGGCGAUCGAAGUGGGCGGUAUUCGUCUACGUUUGUUGGGUCUUGGAGGUGCUGUGGUGCUGCACAAGCUGUUUGAUAAUGGCGAAGGGGCAGCGACGAUUGCUGGCGGUCAGGGAACCAUGUGGACUACAGCUUUGCAGAUUGGUGAAUUGGUUGAUACGGCUCAAAAGACGUUCGACCCAAGUGAGACUCGGCUUCUUAUCACUCACGCCUCACCCGGCCGGGAAGGGUUGCUUGCUCAGCUAGCCUUGGCACUUAAGGCGGACCUGACGCUUAGUGCCGGCUUGCACUUCCGCUAUGGCGUUUCCUACAACGAGUUCAGUGUUCAGCACGAUGCAGAGAACUAUCGAAACAAGCUUCAGCAUGCCAAGCAGGCGUUCGGGGAGAUUUGGGAUACUGUCAAGAGUCAGGUGGAUGCGGUGAUUGAUGAAAAUCAGAGACAGUUGUUAAACAACGCGCUUGCAGUGGCGAAUAAGGUCGCGCCAACGGCGACCGCGACGGGUGCAGCGAGUGAAGAGCCGGCUUGGAAGAAUACUUGGAAUUGGAACUUGCCUGAUGCGGCCUAUGGUAAUUUGGUAUUGAGUGUCAAAGAUGGUAGGGUUAGUGCAGAGACUAAGAGUCAGGGUUUCAACUUUGCUUAUAGGAGGAGCGGACAGCCUAUGACUGGGGUUAAUGCGUUGGCUGCUCUGCCUGGGGCUGUGGUGCCUGGGGCUGUGGUGCCUGGGGCUGUGGUGCCUGGGGCUGUGGUGCCUGGGGCUGCGGUGCAGGCGCCCGGUAAGGUUGCUCCAGCGGCACCUGCAACUGCACCCGCGGCUCCAGCUGCGAAGAGCACUGCUGCUCCAGCUGCUAUCACGCCUACUAAAGCCAACAAGUCGGAGAUCAGCGAAGGCGCUACUCCCGCUACCAAAUCCGCUACCCCGGCAACAGCCGGCACCACCACCAUCAUCACUACCACCGCCCCGGCCGCCGCAGCUAAACCGACGAAAGAACGCAAAGAGCGUCUCCCUCGACAACGCGAACCGCGUUCAGGCCACGAAACCUGCACUUCCCGCUCGGACCUUGACACUGUCGGUUUCACGACAGACUCCGGUCGAAAAUCCCCCUCCUGUUGGGCACCUCGUAAAGCACGGAACCCAUACACGCUCUACGUUUCCCAGCUGAAAGAAGCUCUUCCUGUGACGGAGGAGGAACUUCGCAUCUACUUCGGACCUGCUUCUUGCGGCAUCACUGGUAUCAAGUUGUUAUUUGAUAAGCCUCAUCGUAGGGUUGUAAGCAGUGGCAAGGAAGAUGGAGGAGAGGGAGCGCAGCAGCAGAGGAGACAGAGACCUUUUGCCUAUGUAGAGUUCAAAGAUGAACGCGCCAUGCAGGAAGGCUUGAAGAGACAGGGUGAGGUGUUGAGGGGCGAGGUGAAGCCGGUGUUGGAGUUGGCUGAUAGUAGUAAGGUUCAAGGCGAGGGAGGGAUUGGAGUGGGGGGUAAGGGGAAGAAGGAAGAUACUGCGGGUAAAAGUGGGGAUGAGAAGAGUGGAAGAAAUGCAAAGGGGAAGAAGGAGCGCCCUGUGAAGGAAAGGGGGGAGAAGGGGGAGGGAGGAAAUGUUACCGAUAGCAACACUGCAGCUGGUGCAGCGGGUAGUCUUAAUAAGAAUAAGAAAAAAAACAUUGGUAGGGAGAAGAAGGAGCGCAAGGUGGAUGAGAAGAAGGAUUCUACUACCCCCGCUGUCGCUGGGGAGAAGAAGGUGGAGGAGGAAGAGGAGAAGAAACAAGUCAAGCCAGCCUCUACUGCCACUCCCGCUCCCACUCCCAUCCCUGCUAUUCCUGCUGCUCCUGCUAUUCCUGCUGUUCCCGCUGUUCCCACUGUUCCUACUGCCGCCACGACCAACACUGGAAAGACGGCCUAA